AAGGCGCAAGUAAGAGAGACCAACUCUACCCGAGUUCCCCUUCCUAAAUAAGAAAAAUCCUAUUCCUAAGGGGAGAAGACUGGGCAGCCAACAAACUCGCUCUCCCAUUGAAACAUUCCCUCACUCUCCUAAAAAAAGGCAUCAGCCUUUCUCUCCUUCUCUCAUCCAUAAAUUCGCCUCUCACCCACCUUACAAAAUCCUGACUCUCAUGGCUUAUACCGUCACUUCUUCUCCUUCUUCCCCAACUGCAUGCCACGUGACCAACCACCACGCUGCCAUCGUUCGCGCCACUAUAUCAGAAUCACCUUUGAUCAGGAAAGUAAAUUUUCCUGUACGGCGGGGACGACGCCGAGUGGGUGAAGAAAUUCGUGAAGGAAGCCCGGAGGGUGGCGCAGGCGACACAAAUCCCCUUAGAAAUGGUCUACGUCGGAAAAAGCAACAAACGCAAACAGGUUCAGAAGGUGAUCGACACCAUCACACGGGAGAAGCUCUAUACUCCCUGCUGGUCAGAGAAGAGCAUGAUCAGGUUCUUCUGGACCCACCUCCAGAGCAUGCUAUUCUCCUAGAUCCAGCUGAAGCAAUAGGACACAACGCAACACGACCACGUGAUGCAGGAGAUCAAGAGCUUCUCAGCUACGACAAGCUGGGAGGGUGGAUCGUGCUGGUGAGGGGAUCGCAUAUCGUGGUGAAAGGGCACGCGUCGACGGGGUUGCAGACGCUGGUGGAGUACGAUUUGAUGUGGAAGGAUGCGACGGAGAAAGAGGGGUUUGAGGCGGCGUUUAAGGACCAUUAUGGGAAGCUACGUACACACGGUGGCGAACCCGUGUUGUAGGUUUGAAUUCUCACAUUCGAUGGGGAGGAUACCGGAGAGGUUCACGUGCUCGGAGUGCCACCGUCAUAUGCACGUGCUCACGACGUUUCAGUGUUGCCAUGAUGAGGAUAUUGAGCAUGAUUUUUUUGUUAGUAGUGUUGCUCCUCCUACUUCCACCAUUUGAGUUGGGUUGCUCCUUUUCUAUGCGGCUGCUUCCACCAUGAAAUUGUGUUUUUAUUAUCAUAAAAAAAUGUUUAAGGGGAUGGUGAAUUCUACCAUACCAUCAUUGUAUGGUACAUGAUUGACGCGAUUUGACGUGUACCAAUAGGAAACCGACAUCUGACAGUGUAUUUGAAUUUUUGUUUAAUUUUAAAACAUAUAUAUGGGAAAAAGAAGAGAUACUCACUUAAAUGUCAUUGGUCCAAGUCAAGUCUUGUAUCAUACCUCAACUAAGUGUUGUGGUAUCGUAGCAAGCACCUUAAGGGAUUGGUUGAGUUAUCAUGUAAUUUGUUUCUCUGUAUUUGACCCUUGUCUAUGAAUGUUAUACUGGCUAGCUAGUCCUUUAA